UAUGAGCGCAAUGGUUGAUUACUUCUACUACGAUUACCUCCUCUACCAAAACAUUAAAAGAUUUAUUAGCGGCGAAAGACCAAACUUUGACAUAAUACGGAUACUUUCAUCGAAUCUAAAAGGGCUGGAAGACCAACUCGCGCUGAAGCUCAAACUUAACAGGAUAAUCAGCAUUCUACAAACACAUGAAUGCAAAAACAUGGUGGUAUGCUGUCGAUUUGACCUGCUAAACAAAUUAAGCCGGUGUAUUUUGGUACAGUGUGCAAACAGUGAGCUGCACAAUGUUCUUCUGCAGACGUAUCUCGUGAUAGGUAAGAAGAAAGACGCGUUUAUCACCGAUAAAGUGUACAAUUUGCACGUGAGAAGUUUUAAGAAAAAGAUUAGGCAGACACAAAAAAGUAUUGAGAGGACGUAUGGUGAAAAGAUCAAAACAAAGACCUUGUUUCGAAUAGGUAGCGAAGAGUUUGAGGUGUUAUUUACGGCGUUGAUGAGGGAAGAGGUUAAAAGAGUAUUCAAAACGUUGAAGGUACCAUUUUUGUACACCAUUUCAGAUGAUAAGAUCAAAGAGAUCAAAACAAGGAAUACGAACUAUUUUGAUAGGAAGAGUAGGGGAAAAAGGAUUGGGUGGAGCAAUGACAAUAGCGUUUUAUGAAAAGUGUGCAUGGCGGUAUGUUAGUGCCGUAUACGCAUUUGAUAUCUUAAAGUUGUAUUUAAGGCGGAGUAUUUACUUAACGUUGAGAUGAGCAGUUACGGUUUCGAUGUACGUAGUGCGGAGAUAAUAUCGUAUUAAAUACAAGGCAAAUAUUUCCUUUGGAAGGAUGAAGAGAAUAAAAAGUAUUGUAACAUCCGGAUUUGCAAGCGAACCUAUGCUUAUCACCUUUCAGCCUUAUCUGUGUUGCGGUUGAUAACGUAUUAUGAACAUUAAAUUAACGAUCUCAGG